AUGGCGCCUUAUUCAGUCAUCAACGUAAUCGUCCAUAUUGCUAUUUCUAUUUUAGGCCCGGAGUGUUCUAUGAUAUGCAGAGACACAUGUGAAGUCUACAUAAAUGGAGUCAAGUCGACAGUUUUGAACUCGAUGGAUUCAAAAGCUUGGAGUAAUGGAUUUGUCUUUCCAGUCAAAAGAAUCAAAACCGUGGCAGUACACGUCAUGAGCGUAGAUGGAAUGAUCGGGGGCUUCGCCAUAAGUUGCGACAGAAAUUACAUCGACACGAGGGCAGCCGGCUGGGACUGCAUCGCCACAGACGUCCCUGAUCAGAACUGGUACAGUGAGCAAUACUCAGACGACACCUGGGACAAUGCAUACGUUAUUGGGAGUGUGGGCGAGUGCGAAAAUUUUGGUUGGUGUUGGUUGAAGCUGGUUGUUGAUGUAUUUGUGCCAAAUUUCCAGUUGUUCAAAACUUCUCAGGAAUUGUACUAUGAACAACUUUUAAAAAGACCGGCACUUCAAAGCGAGUCUUGGGAAGACGUAAUUGUCAAUGGUGGGAGUGUCACAAGGGCAAAGAUUAAAAUCUACGACAUCUACAUUCAUUCAUUGACACAAAAUCGAAGAUAUCUCUGGAAUUACAUUCCCGAGAGAUUCAAAUACAACGAGUGCUGCAUCUGUGUGGAAAACUUUCAAGAGAACACCCUCGUGCACGAGUUGAGAUGCACUCAUGUAAUGCAUCCAUCUUGUAUACGAAAAACUUCAUGCCCCCCUCUGUCGCAGCGAGGUCGUGUGGUCGAUGGAAUACAGGCGCGAUUGUUAGUUUGA